AUGACACACAUGGUAACACAAAACAUGCAUGAAAUCAACGACAAAUAUGGCCAGUUUGAUGAAAACCAAAACAAUAAUCAAAAUCAACAUUCCAAUGCGUUUCAAAAUAUAAACACUGCUCAAAAAGUGAUUGACGGUGUCAGUUACUUUUCUGGAACUGUUGGCAGCAUUAUGGCAAUGCCAUCAAAAAUGCUUACAUCUUGGGUUGCUGAUCAAAUCAAUCCAAAUUACUGGGUUCCAAACGCACGCAUACAACAUUGCAAUCAAUGCGAAAAACAAUUUGAACCUUUAGAUCAAAAACAUCACUGUCGCCGAUGUGGGAGUGGAUUUUGUGAAAAUUGUUGUAAUAAGCUGCAGCCUGUACCUGAAAGAGGAUGGGGCAAUCAGCCUGUUCGAGUGUGCGAUUUGUGUUUUGAAAAAGGCCAAUUAAACUCAAACAGUGUGGACGAUGAUGUAACUGCUCGGAAAGUUGCUGAAGCUGCCCAAACCACUUUUGGGACGGUUUUUUCAGUGAUUGAUUACUCUUUGGGAUGGAUCAAAGACUCUGCCCGACCUGAAUACUGGGUUCCAGAUAAAGAUUGUGUAAGCUGUGUUUGUUGUGAAACGGAUUUUACCGACAAAAAUCCAAUUCAUCACUGCCGUGCUUGCGGUCAUGGAGUUUGUGAUGAUUGUUCUAAACAGCGUAAAACUGUGCCCGCUCACGGAUGGAAUUCACCAGUCCGUGUUUGUGAUACAUGUAACAAAAAACUUUAA